ACGAUGAACGACGUUUGGUCAUCUCGGACACUGGCUGCAGUGAUGACCCUGGUUUGUCUGGCGACAGUGGACGCUGGGUGUCCACACACGGACCCCGGUCUGAAGAGAUGGAGCGAUGCCAGCACGUGGGGAGGGACCAAGCCAGGGGGAGGCCAACAGGUCACCCUGACAUCGGGCAUGCAUGUGCUACUGGACGAGUCCACUCCGUCCCUCGGGUCGAUCACGGUGGAGUCUGGGGCCAGUCUUGUGUGGGACGACAGGGCUGACAUCACACUCACCGUCAGCUACGUCCUGGUUAGGGGGGAGUUCCACGUCGGCAGUGACGACUGCAGAUUCACCAAGAAAGCCAACAUCGUCCUCACAGGCCUCAGCAACUCAACACUGAACGUUCCUGGUUUCGGCCGGAAGUUCAUCGGUUUGGCGGCAGGUGGCGUUCUGGAGCUUCACGGCAGAGAGAAGACGUCAUGGACGAAGCUGGCGACCUCCAUCCCUGCUGCAGAUCAGACGUGUGGAGUUGUCUACGAUCACAAGAACACGCCCCAUCACGUUGAGAGCGGGAUGGGGAUUCACGUGGUGGUGUGGAACCUGGACGGGAGUCUGUACGACUUCGGCACCUUCUUCACGGGAGAGACCUGGAACACCGUCGCUGACAGUUUGUUCGUGGAGUUUCUCGGAAUUAUCCCCACGGAUAAAGUUGUGGCCCUCAGUGUUAUGCGUAAACUGGGUGUUGAAGCAAGACCGGAUUGGGACUGGGAGUCUAUAUUUACUGCUGUUGAGACUCUUGGUGGAUUGACACAGUCACACAUGAGGAACGUCUCAGACACAGAACCGUAUGCUUUUAUCACUGUGACAGGUAACCCUGGCGUUACAAUGGAGCAGCGCGUUGCCCAACACGGUGAUGCAAAGUACACAAUCACUGAUGACGUUCACGUAACACUAUGGGGAAGCAAACUCAAGUUCUAUGUUGAAAGUGCUGUUAGGAUAGAGAACAACUCGAGGCUCCCACAUGACGUCAACUUCCGGGUCUCAUCAACUGAUAUCGCCUACCCCAAAAUUGACGUCAUCAAUGACGUGUCUACAUGGCAACCAGGUGAUCGUGUUGUGUUUACGUCUACGGACUUUGACUGGAAACAGGCGGAGGAGUUUGAAGUGUUUGCUUGUGACGACUGCGCCAGCAACCAGUUCCGGGUCAAGGGAGAAUUCAAGUUUCCGCACUACGGCAAGGUGUAUGACGGAGUGGACAUGAGAGGUGAGGUGGCACUGAUGUCACGUGACUUCGUCAUCGAAGGUGAGAUGGAGACCGGAUGUUACGUCACAGAAACAAACAGGGAAAAAGAAGAAUGGCUGUGUUCUCUCUUCGAUUUCGACCACUUUGGAGGACAUCUUAAGGUAACCAAGGGUUUCGACUCAGCUCACAUCCAAGGCAUUGAGUUCUACCACAUGGGACAGCAGGAGUUCACAGGUUCCUACCCCAUACACUUCCACAUGUGUGACGACGUCAACGGCACCUGGGUCCGCAGCAACUCCAUCCACCACAGCCUGGCCAGAUGUGUCACCAUCCACGGCACCGACGGACUCGAGGUGAGCGACAACGCCUGUUACGACCAUCUUGGCCACGGCUACUUCCUGGAGGACAGUGUGGAGCAAUACAAUAUUCUGGACGGGAAUAUCGGAAUCGGAACGAAACACGGCACACACAUAAUGACGGACAUGAAAAACAACUGGUGCGACAAAACCCUAGCCUGGAGUUGCAAUUCCCUGGCCACCUUCUGGAUCACCCACUUCAACAACUACAUCAGGAACAACGUGGCCGCCGGCUCGGACAACGCUGGAUUCUGGCUCAACUACGCCGACAGCCCCCUCGGACCAUCAGCUGCCCGUCAAGCGGAGAAACUGGCCAACAACCAAUCAGCUGUCACAGAGUUCAGUACCAGACACACACCCAUCCUGGAGUUCGACAACAACGUGGCUCACUCCAAUCAUGAGAGAGGUCUGAUGUUUGAUAACAGAAUCUCAAACGGCCAAAUGCACCAUAGCACGUUCAUCCCGGAGAACGCGAGGUUCGGAUCCAGCGAAUACGACCCCAGAGAACCAAACACCCCAGAGGGAGAACCAGUCACCACCUCCAUCAAGAGACUUACCGUGUUCAAGAACCGUAAGGAGAAUAUAUGGCUGAGGGCUGCCAACACCAUUCUGGUCAACUGCAGCAUUGCUGACUCACAGCGUGGCCUCGUCAUGCCGCUGUCGAAGAGUAACCGCUUCAAUGAAGUCAGGAAUUCGGUGUUUAUUGGGAUGUCGGACAACAUGGGUGUCGGCAGGACUUACACCAUCGGCGGCUUUACCGGACCAGUGAAACCAAUCCACAAGUUCAGUAGAUCAUUUCUGGGCUGGAGACCAACUGAUCCUCUGCAAGGGUUCGUCUUCUACAACGGUCCGAACUACGUCACCGACUGCUACUUCAACGACUUCUACCACUGGCACUGGAACUCCACGUGGGACAGCGUCUUCAACGUCCCUGGGUAUCGAACUGGUGGCGCUCUUGGCUUCAAGAGAACCAACAUGCUCGUCUUCAGCCCAAGAAGCACUGUGUCCGGUCUUAAGUUUGGAUUCUGUGACAAGUCUGAGGGAAACACAGUAUUCGACGGCAACAACACCACACCAGGAUUUGAAGACGACGCCGAAGGGAAAGAACAAGCGUCGUUACACGACGUUGACGGUAGCGUGACGGGCAUGAUCAACUCGCAGGUCGUCAAGAACAACCCGUUCUUUACCACACCCAAGUGUUCUGUGAGGGACAACUGGGGCAUGGCCGUAUGUCCUUACAAAUACGUGAAGAUUGACAUUAGAAGCGAUGUCUGGAAAAUCCGCAACGAUGAGCCUGUCACCUUCAUCCGAGAUGACGCCCAUGAACACCCAUUCGCAAUGAACAAAGAUCAAGGCCGUAGAUAUCACUUCAUGGUUAACAAGACCUACACAGUUCAUUUCAACACCACAGUCCCUAAGCAGUUCAUGAUACAGGCAUUCAACAUGGAGAGUGGUGAUUCCAUUCGUGUCGGCGUAUGCAUGCCUAAAGACAUGACGACAUUUGAGCUGUCCAGUUGGUACCCCUCCUACAAUAAACGGAGGCCACCGCUAGAGGUCGCCACUAUACAGGAACUGGAUGCUGAUACUUCCGGUAGGGCCUACUUCUGGGACAAACAAGUUGGCAUGAUCUUCGUCAAGCUGAUGUCAAAUGAGACUCGAACUGAGAGGCAGAUGCUGUGUCCGAAUGGAAAAUGUCCAAACUUCAACAUCGUGAGAAAAGACGGAAGCAACACUGCAGACUGUCGGCAAACAGCCUAUGGUCCUUACAUUAAAGAAGCAGAGGUAUCCACUGGAUAUAUUCCACCCUCUCCAUGUGUCAAGGCAUCAUCCCAGGGCUUCGGUGCAGGAGAGACCCGUCCGACCACAAUCUUGACGAGUUCUACAAGCGAAGAUCCCUAUUGUCCACCUAAGGCAGAACCAGAACCUGUACCGCUUCUGGGUCAGUCCCGGGGCUGCGCUGUUGACACAUGGCGGCGGGACAUGGGUGACAUGACAAUACGGCUCUACAGAUCCAUGACCAGGGGGUUCUGUGUCCAGAGAUGCGGUCAGAACGGUUACAGAUAUGCUGGCCUACAAAACAGCAAUGAGUGUUGGUGUAGUGACAGUUUUGGCCUCUACGGUUCUGGUGAGGGUUGUACCAAGGAGUGUAGCGCGAAAACAGGACGUUCCUGUGGGGGAGGCUGGAAGAAUGAGGUGUUUACCACCAGUGCAGAUCGCAGCACUACCUUAACGAGUUGCGGCCCGGGGUCACGUGGUGUAGUUAUUGACGGAAGCUGUUACUAUUUUGGAGAUGACAGACUCAACUUUGUUGAUGCUCAACGCGCAUGCGUGAAGAUGGGCGGUGACCUGGCAAGCAUCUCCUCUGCAGCUGUGCAGUCUGAAAUAAAAGCAUACCUGGGUCAGAGUGAAUCUAACAUCUGGAUUGGCCUGACGGAUGUUGCUAAAGAAGGAGAAUUUGUCUUCAUGGAUGGCACACCGGCUACAUACAUGAACGGGGACCUCAAGCACGACGCAGCUAUACAAUACGACGACUUUGUUGCCAUAGACGUGUACCAAGGCUUAAUCUGGGAUUACCGGAGGUCGCACUACGAGUACCGCUACAUCUGUCAGGUGCCUAUCACCCCCAGCACCGUAUUUGAGAGCUGUGGACCUAACGGUGCCGGACACAGACUGGGCAGUAACGGCAAGUGCUACCUCAUCCUCAACACCAAAACUGACCACGACACAGCAGAGUACCAAUGUUUAACUCGCCAGGGAGUGCUUCCGACGGUCACAGAUGGCGGCACACAGCGAGAAAUCCGUAAUCAGUUGCUGAUUUUCGGCAGGGACAUGGACUACUGGAUCGGCGAGAUGGUGAUCAGCCAAACUGGAACAGCUAUGGACACCCACUAUAAGUUGACCUACGCUUCCUUGUUCAACAAAAACGCUGCCAGUCCAAGCGAGAAGAAUGGCGUCCUGUGCCUUAUAGAGGGAUCCCCAUCAACCAGUAACUGUCCACCAACUUGGAAGGAACACAAUGGCUCCUGCUACCUGUACACCGGCAAGACCGCGCCCAGCUACGACACCGUGGCCGCUCUGUGUAACCAGGGCGACAGCAACAUGGUGACAGUCCACAGCAAGGCUGAGAACGACUUCGUCUACAACAUGGUGAAGGACUUCCAUGAGGGAGAGGAGAAGGACGUCCUCAUAGGUUACCGGUACCGCAGUGUGUUCGACAAGUUCACCUGGCUGGACGGAUCGGACCCCGUCUACGAGAACUGGAGCGACGGACAUGGCAUGUCUGGACUGACCGGUGGCUACUGUACGAAGAUAUGUUACUAUGACAACAAAGUCACAUGGAAGAACACCCCGUGUCUUAAACAGAAUCACGCUGCCGUAUGCAAGAUGCCUCUGUAGACAAAUCCCAGCUGUUCAGGUGUACAAUAAAAUCCAAACACAGCAUCAUUUAUCGAAGUGAUAUAUGCAAGUGUGAUUUUGUAAGUGCAAUGUCUGUAGAUGUAUACUUCAAAUACAGUAACAUAACUCGUGUGUGUAGACUUUUAUCAAUGUAUCCAUGGAUUCCAGAACACGAAUUGUUGCAAAAAUAUUGUAAUCAGCUGUAGUAAUUUCAGUAUAGAGAUAAACAUAUCAUUAAUCUCUCAGCGGGGCCUUACAUGUAUCUAUUUGGUUUUUUGUUUAACGCCACUCUCAGCAAUAUUCCAGCUGUAUGACGGCGGCCUGUAAAUGAUCGAGUCUAGACCAGACAAUCAAGUGAUUGACAUCAUGAGCAUCGAUCCACGCAAAGGGAUACGAUGACAUGCAUCAACCAAGUCAGCAAGCCUGUUACAUGUAUCCAGAUACAGUGGAUUCAAUUCAACUGACGCUCAUUUCAAUCACUUUUGUUUGCUGGCUUUGUAUGCAACAGAUCAUUUGACUAGCUCUAGAAACAAUGGUUGGCAAAUAAAACCUUUU